AUGAAGCUCGGCUCUUCGAGAGCCUUUGGCUCAUUCAGGGCCCUUACGGUCUUGGCUUGGGUUCUCUGUUGGGCCACGUCCCGGUCCUUCAAGCUGUCGGGGUCUCCCAUCCCGGUGACCGACUCCGAGAAUGCGACCGUCCAGGAGAUUGUGGAGGAGGUCGUUGCUGAUGAUUUGAAACAGGACAUGGACGAGAUCAACAACAUGUCAAACCCCAUGACGGAGAACGCGAGUGAUCCUAGCGAGGGAUUCGGAGCGCUGGCCAAGAAUUUGGAGUUCCUUCUUGUGAAGGUCGCACAGCUCGAGGCGGUUGCUGAGAUGCAGCAAGCCGAGCUGAUAUCGUAUCGGAAAAAGUUCGACUCGCAGCAAAAGGAGAUCGAUUCCCUCAAGGCCCAGAUUGGCAACCACGAGCCGCAAGACGGCGGAGCCUUGCUCGAGAUGGAGCAGAAAGAUGCACAAACACGGCUGCAGGAAGCCCAGGACGUCGUCAAGAGAGUGUUUCGCAAGCACCACCGUCAGCGAGAGACAGGCAUCCUCCGUCAUGAAGAGGAGAUCGCCGGAGAGUCCCAGGAGUCGUCGUCCGAUCGCGAAUCUGGAUUUUGGAAGCACCGAAGAAGGAGAUUUCCCAACGUUAUCGUCGACUCGGGUCGGGAUGCAGGAAAUGCGGCGGUAAACGUCGUAACGAACCCCAUUGACACCUUGAAGGAUGGAUACAACGCUGCUAAAGACAAGGCUGAAUGGUUGAAGAACAACGCAAUCUCGACUGUGGAACAGGCCGUCGCGAUUCUGAGCCAAGGCUUCUCGGACUUCGGCGCCAGCUGCCCAAACAGUGCUGCGCCUUCGAUCAGAACAUUCAACGCUCAUGAACUCAAAAUCUACUUCGGGGAUCUCCGCUGCAAGCUCAGCCUGAUGGGGCAGUCGACCCCCUUGUUCGGACUCAACUUCGGUGAGCACAGAAUUGCUUUGCCGAGCCAGUUAACAAUUCUUUUCCACCUGGGAUGGGAGCUGGUGCACUCGUGCACGGGCACACACAACCACAUUGAGGUGACCAAGUGUCUUGCCAGGUCACUUGCGAAGUUCAGUCCACCAGUGGACUUCUUGCCCGACCAGUUGAAGAAAGUUGCUAAUGGCCAAGUCCUAGACCUCCUGCCCGGCCCAGUACAACUCGUUGCAGGGUCUGCAUACGAGGCCGUCCGGACAGUGUUCAGUGUUGGAUUUGAGCUAAUGCACUGUCCACACCGCGGCCACCACCAUCAGUUGAUCGCAUGUCUUGGCCGUUGGAUCCAGCACUUUGCCCCACCGAUGAAUUGGAUGCCCCACCCCGUACACGCACUUGCAAAUGGCCAGAUCAUUGGCAACAUCAUGGGGCUCAUGCCUGGGCCAAUGCAACUUCUUGGAGGUGGCCAGACGAAUUCCAUCCAAAAUAUGCUUGCCUUGGGCGACGCGCUCAUGAAGUGUUCAGACUCACAGCAGCAGGACUUAGUCCAGUGCCUCGGCUUCCAGAUUGUUGGGAGCGUCCCUCCCCUGAACUUCCUGAACCGCCUGGGCGACAUCUUCGGAGAGUUCAUCGCCGCCUUCGCAAAGGUCGCCUCCACAGUGGCGGCUCAAGCGAUGAAGGGAGGGGAAUCGUUGCUGCAGACCGCGGCCACCACGGAGUUCCCCUCUGCCGGCGCUCAGGCGAUGGUGCAUCACAGAG